GAGAUUACCCGAAAUAAACACAGAAGAUUGAAUGGGCCACUCCAGCGUUGAAGCUAUUGCUCGAUCCAUUCACACAGGAGUUCGCCAUGGAGACGCUUGCCUCCGCGAUCCUCGGCGACCUCAUCGGCCGAUCCGUAUCCUUCGCCCUUGACAGGUGCUGCCACCGGUGGCGCAAGGCCGGCGGCAUCGAGGACGCACCGCAACGGCUGCGCCGCGUGCUUCUACGACUUCAGGCCGUCGUCGAGGAGGCCGACAGGCGGCGCGUCACCAACCAGGCCAUGCUCCGGCAGCUUCAGCUCAUGAGGGAAGGCGUGUACAGAGGCUACUACCUGCUCAGCGCCAUCAAGCGCCAAGGCGUUCACGAGGUCAGCUGUCUUCCUGAUCGCUCGUCGUUGGCCUCGUCCCUAAUCAAUCCGGCGAAGCGCUUGUGCACUGUCUCGGCCAGGACGACGCCGGCGAGAAUGGCGCCUGAAGACAGCGGACGGGAGGUGGAGGCAGAGGCGGAGCUGCAAGAGGUGCUCGCCGGCCUAGAGAGCAUGGCCAGCGACAUGAAGGAGCUCGUCGUGUUCUUGAGCUGCUACCCUCCGGCGCGCCGUGAGCCUUACAGUGGGCACCUGUGGCUGGAGAACCGCAUGUUCGGCCGCGAGGCAGAGCAGGAGAAGAUCAUCAGCUUCUUGCUGGGACCAGAGCCUGCAGAAGAUCCGGGCGUGCUUCCUGUGAUAGGUCGACCAAGAGUUGGCAAGAGCACCCUCGUCGAGCACGUCUGGUUGGACGAGAGGGUGCGCGAGCACUUCUCCCUGAUCGUCUUCUUUGGUCAAGGCGACAUCGAGGAUAGAAAGCUAUCGUCUUCUUCGCCUCAUCUGGAAGACAACGGCAGAAUCAAGCACAAGCACCGGGAUCUCGACCCCGCCGGGAAAUCGCUGGUUGUUAUCGAGCUAGUUGAGGACGUGGAUGACAACACAUGGUGGGAAAGAACACUGUCUGAUCUGCGAGGACGAUGCACCAUGCCAGUCAGCAAAAUCAUCGUCACAAGUCGAUCAGAGAAGAUUGCAAGUUUGGGGACAACACAAGCUCUGGAGCUGAAACCUCUGCCUCGAGAAGCCUACUGGUACUUCUUCAAGACGAUCGCGUUCGGGAGCACUGAUGCAGAGGAUGAGGAGGAGCUAGCAUCUGUGUGCAUAGAGAUGGCAGACCUUCUGAAUCGAUGCUUCAUAUCGGCCAAUUUGUUCGGUGGCCUGCUGAGAACCAACCCUUGCUCUCAGUUUUGGCAAAGGGUUCUCAACGGCGUCAGACAAUACAUUCGAAUGCACCUCCUUCGCUUUGGUGAGCAUCCGUGCGAUCGCCUACUGAUGAAUGGUCGGCCGAUAUACCUUUGGAGAUUACCCAAGACUGAUACCGUGUUCACUGCCUACCAUACUUACCAAGCGUGUUCAUCCCAGGAGCAUGAUCUGCCCAAGAUAACCCUGAACGAGUUGCAUGUUGGAAGUGCAAGGCCUCGAGGGAAGUUUGAGAUCGUGGCUUGGAGGUCUCGCAUACCACCCUACUACAGCUACUUGAUGAGUUGUGAGGUGCAGACAUUGCCGUGGUUCCUCCGUGUGCCGCCCAUGAACAAGCAAAUCCAGCACCGGCAGUCACGACUGAAUUCGGUGUGAAUUUUUUUUUUUUGUUCAUGCUGUAUGACUCUGUAUGUUUUAUCCAUUCAGUAUAUAUGGCACUAGCAACCUUGAAGGCGUUC